AAGAAGAUGAAGAAGAUUUUAUGACACCCUCUCUCCCUCUGUCUCGUCUUCUCUUUGUCCUUACAUGGUUUGGUCAAAAUUUUUUAUAUAUUCAAAUAUCCUCCAUCAAUGGAGGCUUUGUCCCCUACCCAUAGUCUACUGGGUUUCACUUUUUAACAAGUGAUGAUUUGAAUUGGGAAGCAGGUUUUGGGUUGCAGCCAUUGGAGGAGGAAAAUCCGGUAGCGAAGGAGAAUUGGUUUUGAACGCGAAACGGGUUCUGGUUCUUGUUGCCGGCCGCAACAGUUCAUUUCUAGCUGUCAAGGAUGAAAAUGCCAUCAUCUGCUUCAAACUCUGUUCCUCAAGGGGCAUCCACUUUUGAUGAGUUGUCCAUGCAACAAAGCUUGCUCUUCUCAGAAAGUCUCAAGGAUUUGAAGAAUCUGAGGACACAGUUGUAUUCUGCAGCAGAGUACUUCGAAUUAUCUUAUACCAAUGAUGAUCAGAAACAGAUAGUGGUAGACACCUUGAAAGAUUAUACUAUCAAAGCUAUUGUUAAUACGAUAGACCAUUUGGGUUCUGUGACAUUUAAGGUUAAUGAUCUCUUGGAUGAAAAACUUGAUGAGAUUUCGGGAACCGAGCUUCGGGUCUCUUGCAUUGAACAGAGACUACGGACAUGCCAAGCAUAUAUUGACCGUGAAGGAGUAUCCCAACAAUCACUGAUCAUCACAACUCCCAAGUAUCAUAAGCGGUACAUCUUACCAGAUGGGGAGAGGAUGCACGGUCCUGGAUAUGCUGCAUCAAAAUAUCAAGGAUGCAGCCUAGAUGAUGAAGAUGAUUGGCAUCAUUUUAAGAGUGCUGUUAGAGCAACAAUUAGAGAAACCCCACCACCGCUUAGAAAAGGGCGUUCUCCAUCACCUUCUCAACGACCUGCCAUCCAACUUGGGACCUUCUCCUUCACAGAGAAGCGAGCAGUCUCACCCUCUCGCUCCUCAUUUCCACUCUUACGUUCUGGAUCUCUCGCAAGUAGGGGAACUACUUCAACUACUCCCCUCCGAAGCCGGCCGACUACUCUAACCUCUAGUACUUCAAGAAAACGGUACCCUUCUGAACCAAGGAAAUCAGCUUCGAUGCGUCUCCCGGCUGAAAGGGACAGCCCGAAAGAGAAUGAACAAAACCCUAGCAAAAGUAAACGCCUCCUCAAAGCCUUGCUCAGUCGGCGAAAGUCAAAGAAAGACGAUAUGCUGUAUACUUACUUGGAUGAAUACUGAGAAAGCAAUGGAGAUAGAUACUCAUAGAGAGAUAAUUAUGGAAGAGAGUAGUGCAAUGACUGAUACCUGCUUAAUCCAAAAUUUCUUGUUUUGUUUAUUACCCCAAUUUGUAGUUCUUUUUGCUUCCAGGUUGAAGAUAAGUACUUUCAUGUACCAUAGACAAUUCCUAUUGAACCCUGGGAUUAUAUAUAUUUUACCACAGAAUUUAUAUCUGUUCUAGUUCUUUCUGCUUACAGGUC